UCAAAACAGUUCUCGAACAUUCUCGUAACGAGUUGUAGUUUUAAGUGUCAGGUAUAAAUAAGCCAGCUGACUUGCCUUACCGUUCAUCGACUUCUAGUUUGUGCGGACAUUAUUUGAAGUUAUCGCCGUGAUGUCGAACCCAUUUCGAGUUCUGUACAUUCGCCAGCCAUCUUACAACAUGAUGGACGAGCCGUCGCGGUUUUUGGAGCAGCAACUGGGUCUACGUCCGUCUGACGAGGAUUUCUGCCUACCCGAUAUGUACCGCGCGAUGCUUCUGCAGCCCCAGUUUAUGCGACCCCGACAUCAGGCUGGGAUGGGCGAGGUAUCAAACAGCGAGAAAGAGUUUUGUGUUAAAGUUGAUGUGCAGCACUUCAAGCCAGAUGAAAUCCAUGUGAAAACCGUGGAUAACCGAGUGGUGAUCCAUGCUAAACACGAGGAGAAAGAAGAUGAACAUGGAUAUAUUUGUAGAGAGUUUACCAGGCAAUAUGUCUUGCCCAAGGAUGUCGAUCCCCAAGCGGUAACUUCCUCCUUGAGUAACGAUGGAGUGCUCAGCAUAAAGGCACCAAAGCUGUCCCUGCAGGCACCAAAGGAGCAGUCAAUCCCAAUUACAUGUACCCACGAAACAACCCCAGCAGUUGCUGCUGCUGGUGAUACCAAGUAGAUAUGGAUGACAGCAUACCAUGCAAUUACUGUUGCUGGUAAUUACAAAUAGACAGGAAUGACAUUAAAACAUAGCCGACGUUUCUCAGUAUUCAUUGUGGAUGUCUAUUUUUUCGUAAAAAAUUACUUACAUGGAACAUUUUAUUUUGUUGUAUCAUGUAAUAAUUCCAUAUGAAGAUUUUGCAGUUUACAUACAGCUAAUAUGUAUAAGUUAGGUGAGUCAGUGAUUCAAGGCAUCCCAUCCUUGACAUUGACAAAUUGUUCUGGGGAAAUAAAUGUUUUUUAAAGACUGAA